UGCCUGCUCUCCAUGGUCAGAGAGCACACACAACACACAAAUUCAUCUCCAUCUCCAGCCAUCUUGAUCACUGCCGUCUAUAGCUUGACUACACGCACUAGCUCACCUCGACCGGCCGGCCGGCCGGUAGUCUUAGCAUCAGCACGCAGCAAUAAUGGCGGCGGUCCGUGGAGCCAUUGCCACUCUGCUGGUGGUGGUGGUGGCGCUGGCGCUCGGCACGGCUUCGGCGUUGGACUUUUCCGUCCGGAAGACCAAGCCGCAGCCUCCCCGGAUGUCGACGCCGGGGGACCCCAAGAAGGCCCCGGGCAACGGCAAGUUCACCACCGUCAUCAACAAGUACCACAAGAAGAACUACGAGAUCACAUGCACCACCGACUGGGGCGCCUCCUGCUACGUCAAGUGCCCCGCCCGCUGCCCCAACAAGUGCCUCGCCUACUGCGCCUACUGCCUCACCUUCUGCAUGUGUGACCUGAUGCCGGGCACCUCGUGCGGCGACCCGCGCUUCACGGGCGCCGACGGCAACACCUUCUACUUCCACGGCAAGAAGGACGAGAGCUUCUGCGUCGUGUCGGACGACCGCCUCCACAUCAACGCGCGCUUCAUGGGGAACCACAACGCCGACUCCGGCCGCGACUUCACCUGGGUGCAGGCGCUCGGCGUCACCUUCGGCGGCGCUCACAGUCACAGGCUCUACGUGGGCGCCCGCAGGGCCGCCGAGUGGGACGAGGACGAGGACCACGUCGUGAUCGCGCUCGACGGCGAACCCGUCGACGUCGAGGCCGCCAAGGACGCGCGCUGGGUGUCGACGGCCGUGCCCGGGCUGUCCGUCACCCGCUCCCACGCCGUCAACGCCGUCGUCGUGGAGCUCAACGGCGAGUUCAGCAUCUCCGCCAACGCCGUGCCCAUCACCGACGAGGACUCCCGCGUCCACGGCUACGGCAAGACGGGGAAGGACUCCCUCGUGCACCUCGACGUUUCCUACAAGUUCCACGGCCUCACCAAGGACGUCGACGGCGUGCUCGGCCAGACCUACCGUCCGGACUACGUUAACAAGCUCGAUAUCAGCGCCAAGAUGCCCGUCAUGGGCGGCGCCGACAAGUACCGCUCGUCGGGCCUCUUCGCCACGGACUGCGCCGUCUCCCGGUUCCACCGCGUCGGCGGUGGCGCUGACGCCGGCUUCAGCUCCUUCGCCUCGUAAAUGGCACCCACGCUGGCUCUGAUCCGUAAUUCCGGUCCAGGAAAUAAGCCAACACCUGCCAACUUACGCUGGGCCAUAUAAACGUAACAGGUCUUGUGUAUUUAUUUUUGUAUUUGUGACGGAAAUUUAUAUAUAUUAUGCUAAUGCAACUAUUGUUCGAUUGUAAUCUUGCUGACGAAUAAAUUGGGAUGUGUAAACUAUUCUCGUAACAUCCUGUUGGGGGAGAAGGUAGCCAAACGCAAAAAGGGCUAUAGUGUGUAAUGGUUAAAGCUUCGGAGUAAUUUCUUCAGGUUUCGUGGUCGAAUUUCAGACUUAAUUAAAAAAAUUCUCUCCUUGUACUUCA